AUGUACAGUGAAGACCAGAUCCAACAAUAUCUCGCCCACAUCGGCUUCCCCUACGACAGGCAUCCAGCUGAUCGCUUGGAGUUUCUGACCGAACUUCAAAGACGGCAACUAGAGCGAGUACCAUUCGAGAACUUAUCACUACACUAUUCGACCAAAAGAGAGCUCUCUUUAGACCCAUAUGAUCUAUUUGACAAGAUAGCCGGCAGUUCUAGGGGCGGUUAUUGUCUGGAAAACAACAACUUCUUCGGUCACAUCCUGCGUUGCCUUGGGUUUGAUUGCAUUUACGUUGCCGCUCGUGUUAAGCGACCGGCACCGGAUGCCAAAGGAUCGAACUGGUUCGGAUGGAGCCAUUUGGCUGUCCUGGUCACUAUUCAGGAGCAACAAUAUCUCGUCGAUGUCGGACAUGGAAGCGCAUGCCCAACGAAGCCCAUACCUCUGGUAACAAAUACCGUCAUUUCUGGUAUCCACCAGCAACAGCUUAGGCUCGAGUACAAGAGCCUACCAGAGCACACAGAUAAAACCCAGCGGGUGUGGGUUUAUUCUCACAGGGAAAAUGAUGAGUCCCCAUGGGUAGAAGGAUACUGCUUCACUGACCAAGAAUGCCUAACUACGGACUUUGAAGUCAUGAAUCAUUUUCCCAUGACCAGUCCUAAGAGUCUCUUCACGCAGAACGUUCUUGCGCAGAGAUUCCUGGCAGAUGAAAACAAUAGUGAGCUGAUUGGCUCAGUUAUCUUGUUCAGAGAUCGACUCAAGUUAAAUAUGCCAAAGGUCGGAGUGACCGAACAUAUCUUGAAGAAUGAAGCUGAGAGGGUGGUUGCGAUUGAACGCUGGUUUCGGAUACGGCUGGAUGCCAAAGAUAGGAGGGGAAUUCAAGGCUCCCCAAAUGAACUUGGAGUGUAG